AGGAAGGAAAAAAAAAAAAAAUUAAUUUAGUAAACCAGGGUUUUCAGAGCCUCUCUUUCAGCCUUCCUUCCUCCUUCCUUUCAACGUUUCAGAAGGAAAAGAAAGGUCCUGUUAUGGACAGUGCUUGUUCAGAGGAAUCUGAAAAACCUAAUCUUUCGGAAAAGGAUGAAGAUGAUGAAGAAGGAGAAGAGAACCCUAAGACCGAAGGAAGCUCAAGCAACAGCACCGUUGAAGAAGGUGAGAGGAAGGUUAGUUCAGGGACUGUGAGACAGUACAACAGAUCCAAAAUUCCAAGGCUUCGGUGGACGCCAGAUCUCCAUAUGUGUUUUGUUCGUGCGGUGGAAAGACUCGGUGGCCAAGAUCGAGCAACACCUAAGCUGGUUCUUCAACUUAUGAACGUUAGGGGCCUUGGUAUUGCACAUGUCAAGAGCCAUUUGCAGAUGUAUCGAAGCAAGAAGGUUGAUGAUUCUGGCCAAGUUACAGCUAAUCCAAUUAGAACACUUAUGGAUCUUGAAGAUCAGCGGAAUUUAUAUAGCCAUAGUCAUCUUUCAAUCUUAAAUGGUUUUGAGCAAAGAUAUUCAAAUAUGAGAUAUAGCUCUUCAUGGAUUGGUCCUGGGUUUUGGAAUUCAAUGAGACCAGAAUCUUACAGCCCUGCAGCUGAUGGCUCCUUCCUCAUGCAUCAGAGACCACUAAGCAAUUGGGACUUCCAUGCACGCAGCUCUUUCAUUAAUGUUCGAGCAAACACAAGCAGUGUUGAGGCAAAACCAAAGCAUGAAGAAUUCAAUUCCAUGCAUGAUAAAGAGAUGGAAAAGCAACAAAAUUUGGGAAUGAGAUCAUGGAAAAGGGAAGACAAUGAACCGGAUCUGAAUUUAUCUUUAAAUAUUGCACCAAGGAAGGAAAAGAGGAAGCGAACAUGGGAGGAAGAUGAGGUAGUAGACAAGAGGCUUUGUCUCUCUUUGUCUUCCACUCUCUCAAGACAGGAAGAAGGAUUGAGAAGGAAAGGCACAAUGUUUAGGGAACUUGAGACUGGGAAUCAGCAAGCAAAGGUGACAAGUACUCUAGAUCUGACUAUAUGAGUAGUAGUGUAGUGAGAUCUUGUGGUACUUGUCCAUUAAUGCCUAGGGAGGUAACGAACAUUUGUUCCUACAUAGCUUCGAUUUCUGUGCAAUGUUAUUUUUCAGUCAUCUUCUAGUUGUGUAGCCUAAUAUGACAGUAAUAACCUUAAUAUAUAUAUUAAUAUAAUGCCUUC